GGCGGGGGGCGGGCAGGGCGCGGUUGCCAUGGAGACAGCGGGGGGAGCUGUUGCCAUAGCGACGGGGCCGCCAUAGCGGGGGGUCCCAUGGCCGCCGGCCUGAGGGGACGGAGCGGCCUGAGGGGAGCGAAGGGGACCGGCGCGGCCGGGGGCGAGCCGGGGGACCGGGGGUGAGCCGGGGGGCCGGGGAACCUCCGGCAGCGGCGGGCUGCCCGGCUGAGACUCGGCCCCGCCGCGCCGUCGCCCUCUAUAAAAGCUGUUUUUUAUUGAUGUGUCCCCGUGGGAAAGGAGCCUCGGUGUCUCCCCGCCUGCUGAAUCCCCGUGUUGUUGCUUUUCCCGCAGCUUUAGCGAGGAGGGCACAACGGAGAGCACAGCAAGUUUGCUGACAGGCCUUGUCGGGAAUGGGGGGAGUGCUGCUCCAAGAUCCAGGCUCUCGCGGAAAAUGAGCGGCUGAGGUGAAACGAAGGGUCUGGCAAAGUGUGUUCUGCUGAGGCAAUCACACCUGGGAAAAACAGCCAAGGAUUUUAUGGUAAAAGAGGUUAAGGAAGAGGAUGAGGCUGUGGGACAAAGUUCAGAGACGAAAACAUGCAAUUCUCAGCCCAGAGGUGAUCUUGGAACGAUAACGAACCUGAGAUUGAUCCACCUGUGCAAAGCUGGUUCUGUAAAACCUUGUUGUCCCGGUGGUGUUGUCCUUGUGCAGUGACUUUGCUUCUGGUGAUCUGUCUACUACAGAAACUGGAUGGCUUCUACGGUGAGCCUGGGCAAGGAAACAUUGUUGGAAGAUGGAAUGCCACCUGCAAAAAAGCCCAGGAAGCUGCUGCCAAGUCUCAAAACCAAGAAGCCUCGGGAACUUGUUUUGGUGAUUGGGACAGGAAUUAGUGCUGCAGUUGCUCCCCAGGUCCCAGCGCUGAAGUCCUGGAAGGGGCUGAUUCAGGCUCUCCUGGAUGCUGCUAUUGACUUUGAUCUCCUGGAAGAUGAAGAGAGCAAACGGUUCCAGAAGUGUCUUCACGAAGACAAGAACCUGGUCCAUGUUGCCCACGACCUUAUUCAGAAGCUGUCUCCGCGCACAAGCAACGUUCGCUCAACCUUUUUCAAGGACUGUUUAUACGAGGUGUUUGAUGACCUGGAAUCCAAAAUGGAAGAUUCUGGGAAGCAGCUGCUUCAGUCUGUGCUUCACUUGAUGGAAAAUGGAGCCCUUGUGUUGACCACAAACUUUGAUAACCUGCUGGAGCUGUAUGCAGCACACCAGGGGAAGCACCUUGAGUCUCUUGACCUGACUGAUGAAAAGAAGGUGCUGGAGUGGGCACAAGAGAAGAGGAAGCUCAGUGUCCUGCACAUCCACGGCGUCUACACCAACCCCAGCGGCAUCGUCCUGCACCCGGCCGGCUACCAGAACGUGCUGCGCAACACCGAGGUCAUGCGAGAGAUACAGAAGCUGUAUGAAAAUAAGUCCUUCCUCUUCUUGGGCUGUGGUUGGACAGUUGAUGACACCACGUUUCAGGCCCUGUUUUUAGAGGCUGUCAAGCACAAGUCAGACCUGGAGCACUUCAUGCUGGUGCGGAGGGGGGAUGUGGAUGAGUUCAAGAAGCUCCGUGAGAACAUGCUGGACAAAGGGAUCAAAGUGAUUUCCUACGGAGACGAAUACGCUGACUUGCCCGAGUACUUUGAGCGGCUGACAAGCGAGAUUGCCAUGCGGGGCCGCACAGGUGUGCCCAAGGAGGGGCAGCAGCUGAACGGCUCUGCCACUGCCCACGCUGAGGUGAAAGGUUUUCAGCCUUUGCUUCCAUGCAGGAUGCAGCCCCUGAGCCUCAGCCCUGCCCAGGCCCUGAGCUGUGUCAGGGGCUCCUGGGACAGGCCCAGGCCAGGCCAGCAGCCCUCAGGGAGGCCGGAGCCCCCAGUGUCCCACUGCUGUCCAGCACCGAGCCAGGACCCUUCUGGCAGGGACGAGGCCAGGACAGAGCUGCCACGGAUGAACACCUGGUCUAACAGUAAUCGUGGUUUUACUGGGGCUGCACGUGCCUGCAGAGCACGGUAUCCCUGAGGGAGCUGCAGCCUCCUCUAACUUCAUACCUAGUGCUUUUAUAUUCUGUAUUUCAAUUAAAAAAUGAAACUUGAGCUUUUUUUUUUUUUUUACUGGAAGCUCUAGUUUUCUAGUCCUGUCUUUUUACUGUACAGUAUUUUGUAUGUUGAAGUUGUAUUAAAGGCCUGCUCACUGAA